AUGGGUGGGGAUGGGGGCGCGAGACGUAUACGCUGCCGUCGUCGCCUGCGCAUGGGCACGCUCGCGUUGGGCGCACUACUCACCAUGCAUUGCAGGGUCACCGCCUCCGCUGUCACUGGAGGCUUUUGUAUCGGCAUUGCUAUUUGUAUAAACGCCAUAAUCAGAGCUAUAACUUGUUGCACUAUGGCCUCAAUGUCGGCGGUGUAUGUUUUGCACUCGGUGUCCGAUGCUCGGCUACCAUUCACAUAUUGCAGCGUGGAAGUAGUUCAUUUACAACCAGAUUUAAGUGUGAAAAAUUCUAAUGUGGUUUUGAUAUUAAGCCUUAUAGUUUCCUGGCUCAUAUUAUGGGGAGUUAUGAUCAGUGAAAAAAUUUCACACGACAGAAUUACAGGUGACGCUUUGGAAGUGGCCAUGUAUAUACAUGCGGCAAGUAUAGGCACGGAAAUAAUACAUGGGAAAGGUCUCAACCACUACGGUAUAGUAUUUUUAAGUUUUACUUUCUUUUUCAUCGUCAUGUGGCUCUUAUAGCACGGUCGCUGAACGCAAAGAAUUUCGUACAUUGACCCAGCACUACAUAUCUCCUUCAGUCGUGCACGAAAUAAUAGUUCACAACGCGUUGUGGUUGAAUAGCAUGUCAGCUACGACACAAAUUUUGAUUGAACCAUAUUUGAUUACGACUAGAGUUGCCAGGUGUAACAUCGGUAUCACGAUACUCAACUCGAUGUCACGACACUCACAUUGAUGUCUCAUUAG